ACAUGAGUAUGAGUGUGAUGAUACGUUAAAAAUAUUAUGGUAAUAUCAUAGUAUUAUUUCGCUAUUAAAUUUUAACUUUUUUUAUAUUUUUUUAUUUAUUAAAAAAUUAUUUUUUGUUUAAAUUAAAAUGGAUACAAGUACAAAUAAUAAAUCAACAAAAGAUUUGUAUAAUUCUGGAAGAUUUACUGAAUGUUGCAUACUUUUUAAUCAAAUGAUUGAUCAACUAUAUACAAACUCAAAUCAUUCAGUGUCUGAAGAAAUUGAACUAAUUAUAAUAAGAAAUAAUUUGCUCGUUUGCAACUGCUUGAGAAUCUUGCCUACAAUUAAGGAAGAUUAUGUAAGUAAGAUGACGGAAUUCAUUAAAUGUUCUAAACUUUAUUUAUUUGAAAAUCACAUUCCAUUAAUUGUACGGUUAAAUUUUGUUUGCAACACUUUGUAUUGGUAUUGGUUGAAACCAUCAGAAAUUCCUGACUAUUGUUACAAUGGAAUUUUAAAUUUAGUUAAUGAUACUUUACUUAAAGUUUUACAAGAUACCGGGAAAAAUGUUAUAAAUUUAAGUUCUCAUGUUGGACAAGAGCAAAAUGUAUUACAUUGUCUUGAAAAUAUUUCAAACAUGUUCAUAUGUCUGGAUUCUUUAAUUGUUGUGGAAUGUAUAGAAGUCACACAAAUCUUACUACUAAUUUUUCUAACUCAUCAAUCUUGCAUUUCACUGUUUUUUCACUUUAUAUUGAAAGUAUUAAGUCAAGCUCAAAAUAUAAUAAAUUCAUUUAAGUUCAAAAAAAAUAUUCAGAAUUUUAAUUGUUUUAAAUUUGGAUUAUUAAAAAUUAAUUCAUUUCUUAGUGUCAAUCAUAUUAACUCUAUCAUAGGAAGUUUACAUAUAUCAUUGUGCAUUGGCUAUAUUUUAGAACACCAAUAUCAAGAAGUAAUAACCACGUUAAUAAAUAUUGAUCAAUAUAUAGAAUUCAAAGAUGAAUUAUUUUGCUUGUUGUGCUAUGUACAAGCUGUAGCAAAUUUUAACCUAGAAGAUUAUGAAUCUACAUUUUAUUAUUUAGCACAAAUGGAUAACUGUACUAUGGAUUUAUUUAUGAGAUCAAGAUGUUAUUUAUUAUUAGGUCGUACCUAUUCCAAAGUAGGCAAUAGUGAUAUGGCCAUUGAUGCUUUUGAGAAAUUAAAAGAUUCAAAAUAUAAUAAAAUAAUGGCAUUUUACAUGUUUCAACAUUAUGAAAAAAAUAAUAUGGAAAUUACUCAUUUAAUUGUUUUAGAUCAGGUUUUAAAGGAGGAUUGUGACAUUAGUGAAAAUAUCACAAUUAGUUUUUCAAAUAAACUUCUAUUAUUACUUCAUCCUGAGCCUGAUGUAACCAAUAGAGAACUCCUUUAUUUAGCAGCUCAAAAGAAAUAUCAGCUUGGAAAGUACAAGCUGGCUGCAAUUGAUUUUGAAACUCUUAUAAAUUCUAAUGAUGUAUUCAAUGAACAUGAGUCUAAACUUAUACCAAUACCCUCUAACUUUAUGUUAAAAAAUGAAGCUGUUAUCAUUUUUUUAAAAGCCCAUGAAAUGAAUAAAGCAUUUACUGUAGGACAAAAUUUAAUUGAAGAAUAUGAUUAUGGCUGUGAUAUGUGGAUAAGCAAUUUAUUUUGGGCAAAUGAAUUGAAUAGCUAUAAUUAUAAUGUGAUUGGCUCAUUAUUAUUAGCUGAAACAGGAUUUAUUCAACAUUCUGAUAUUAUUUUAGGAGCUUUAAAUAAGUCUUUUAACUGUUUGUAUACAAUAAUUGAAAGGGCUCAGUUAACGUGUGAUGAAAAUAUCAAAACAUUAAGACGAAAAAUCAUGGGAAAGGUGUUGUUACACAAAGCAACCAUAUUAAGUAGACUUACUGAUCGUGAAGAAGAAUGUGAAACAGUAUUUAAUAAAGCAAUAAAAUAUAACCCUGGAGAUGAAGACAUUAUAUAUUUGUUUUCAAAAUGGCUGGAACAAAAAGGAAAAUUAAUACAAUCGAUAAAUGUAAGGGACUGUUUUGAUAAAAACAUGGAUAACACACUAGAAUGUGAAAACAUUGUAUUAAAUCAUGUGCUGGAAUGUAGUAUGGAUCUUGAAAAUACGAUAAUUGGGAAUAGUGUUAUAGAUGAUUUGUUUGCAGAUACUGAUGAAAAAACAACUGAUAUAAAUUCUGAAAUGAACCCACAGGAUGAUGAUAUUUUUAAUGAUUUGUUUGUAGAUUAAUUUUUUAUUAAAGAAUUUAAUUAUUUAUGUAACAUAUAUUAAGAUUAUAUUUAAAUAAAAAAAAAUUAUAUUAUAUAAAUA